AUGCAUAUGGUACCCGAAGUCGACAAUUCGAGGACGUAUCCAGAGGGCGGCCUCAAUGCGAACCUUGUGGUCCUAGGCAGCUUCAGCGCUAUCACCGGCGGCUUAGGAUUGAUGAACAGUAUUGGCAUAUAUCAGGCCUGGAUUUCAACACACCAACUUGCCUCACUAAGUGAAGGGCAAAUAGGAUGGAUUUUUGGAAUAUAUAAUUUCCUGGUAUUCUUCUGCGGAAUCCAAAUUGGACCCGUUUUCGACGCCAAAGGACCCCGUUUGCUGAUGUGGAUAGGAUCCGCUCUGAUCGUCCUCGCAUUUAUCCUUAUGGGAUUCUGUCGCGAGUAUUGGCAUUUCAUCGUGGUAAUAGGGAUCAUCGGAGGCAUGGGAACGUCCUUCAUUUUUAUAGUCCCCGUGGCAAGCAUUGGCCAUUUCUUCUUCCAUCGACGAGGAACUGCCACAGGUUUGGCCAUGUGCGGAGGCAGCGUCGGCGGAGUUAUAUUUCCCUUAAUACUGGAGAAUCUAUCACCUCGCCUGGGAUUCGCCUGGGCCACUCGAAUCGUCGGUCUAAUCACCUUGGUCCUGCUGGUCAUUGGAUGUCUACUUGUCAAAACUCGGCUUCCUCCUAAACCAGCUCCAUCGGCCAGAGUCCUUCUUCCGAAUCUAACCAUCCUCAAGGACCCCCUCUUGGCCUUGACUACAUUAGGCGUGUUCUUCAUCGAAUGGGGAUUUUUCAUCCCCCUCGAGUACAUUGCAUCUUACUCCCUGGCAAACGGAAUCUCUCGCAGGAUGGCUUAUCUGAUGGUCGUAUUUCUCAAUGCUGGCUCCUUCCCCGGUCGCUGGCUUCCAGGCAUUAUCGCUGACAAACUCGGUCGUUUCAACACCUUGAUCUUCACUAAUAUCGUCUGCUUGGUUGCGAUACUAGGCGUGUGGAUGCCAGCGAACGGGAAUCUUAUCGCGGUUGUGAUCUUCUCGGUGGUAUUCGGUUUUGGCAGUGGAAGUAACUUAAGUCUGGUUCCAGUGUGUGUGGGCGAAUUGUGUCCCACGGAGGAGUAUGGGAGGUUUUAUACCACGGUGUAUACAAUCGUGAGUCUAGGAGCAUUAACAGGCGUUCCUAUUGCGGGAGAAAUCAUCAACAACAGUCAAGGAAAGUACUGGGGAUUGAUUGCAUUUGCAGGUGGUGCCUAUGCAGCAGGUUUGGCAUGUUUUGUCGCGGUGAAGUUCUUGCAACAGCGGAAGACUAAAAAAAGCGACAGUGAAAGCUCAGGAUAUGGACUGUGA